AUGUCGACUAUCCACUUCCUCCCCCCUCGGGGACAACCUACGAACCCCACGCUACACCUCAUGCCUUUCCAUAUAGAGCACAACGGCCCUUGUCCUCUAUCAACUUACUUCCUUGUCCGUCCUGCCUCUGAUUUACCCUCUGCCUCUGCAUCCACAUUUGCAUCUACAUCUGCGCCCACAUCCGUAUCCCCCUCAACCUCACUGCCCGACAAGACAGAAACCCAAAGCCCUGGAAACCCCUCGCUCAAAAACCGGUUCACCUCCAGCUUCAGAGGCAGAGCACUAAAAGGCGUCCAAGUCCCCCUUCCAGAGGGUUACACCGGUGUGCUCCUGCGUUCUUCAGCUCCUGCACCGGCACCCGCUGCUCGGGUCCGCCGCCCCAGCCCUGUCAAGCGUCGUUCGAGGAAACGUGCUGCUUCACCCAUCCCUGUCGAAACCGACGGCGACGGCGACGCGGGCGAGCGGCAGGCAGAAGAUCAGAGGGAGAAGAAAGACCUCAGGAUCGAGGGCUGUUUCGAGGGUUUUGUUCUGUGGAACGCGGAUGUAGACGUGGAUGAGGAAGAUGAGUACCUGAGAACGCUCGGGGAAUGGCAGAGGCUUGCUGCACUCAUACAUGACACGCAUUUGGGAGGGGACGCGUAG